AUGGCGGCCUCACGCACCGGAAAGAGCGGACUCUUGGAGAAAUGGCGGAUCGACGAGAAGCCGGUGAAGAUCGAUAAAUGGGACGGCGCGGCGGUCAAAAACUCUCUGGACGACGCCGCCAAACAGGUGCUGCUGGAGAAGUACGGCUACGUGGAAAACUUUGCUCUGGUGGACGGACGGCUUCUCAUCUGCACCGUGUCGUGCCUCUUCGCCAUGGUGGCGUUGGUCUGGGACUACCUGCACCCCUUCCCCGAGUCCAGACCCGUGCUGGCCUGCUGCGUGGUCUCAUACUUUGUCAUGAUGGGCGUCCUGACGCUCUACACUUCGUACAUGGAGAAGAACAUUUUCCUGGUGGCGCUCCAAAAAGACCCGGCCGGCAUGGAUCCCGAUCACGUGUGGCAGCUUUCGUCCUCGCUCAAGAGGUUCGACGACCAGUACACGCUGCGGGUGGCCUUCGGAGACGGCGCAAAGAAGACGUGGCGCGAGAGCCACACCACCUCGUCGGUGGCGGCCUUCUUCGACCGCAACGGGACGUUGGCCGCCGAGCGCUUCGACAAGUGCGUGUCGGAACUUCACGACACGCUGGCCGUCGACAAGAAAAGCAAAUGA